GAAAGAAACGAAAAAGAAACCAAAAUGUUGUUACCAUUUGGUUAUCUAUUGGUGCUAUACGCCUGCUUGUCUCCAGUUGUCAUUGUGCAGUCUGUUAGCCAGGAGGAGCAGCAACAACAACAGCUGCAACAGCAGCAGCAACAUCAAUUGCAGCAGGAGCAAACGCGACUGGCCAGCAAACAUCAACAGCAGCAGCAAACCCAUUCAAAUGCCAUAAUGGGUGAGGCUGGCGUAUCAAAUAAUCAACUUAUGCAGCAGCCAGCAAGAGUAUUGAGGCCAUUGAGUGGAAAUGGCGGUGCUGGUGGCAUCAAUGGAUUCGGUGGCGAUGCGUUAUACGAUGCCCCCGAUGAUUGUCAUUUUAUGCCUGCCACAAAUGCUGGAUCUUCGGCAGCGGCCAUUGCCCUGACAUGUAAUCUACGGACGGUGAAUAGUGAAUUUGACACAACAAAUUUUAGUGUGAUACCCUCAGAGCAUACGGUGGCAUUGCAUAUAUUGUGCAAUGAUGAGAUUAUGGCCAAAAGCCAUUUGGAAUCACAAUCGUUUGCCCAUUUGAAUAGGCUACAGCAAUUAUCGAUACAAUAUUGCAAGCUGGGCAAAUUGGGGCGACAGGUACUCGAUGGCCUAGAGCAAUUAAGGAACUUGACCUUACGCACUCACAAUACGCUGUGGCCAUCGCUGAAUUUUGAAAUCGAGGCCGAUGCAUUUGGUGUAACAAAACAAUUGGAACGUCUGGAUUUGAGUUCAAAUAAUAUUUGGUCAUUGCCGGAUAAUCUCUUCUGUUCGCUCUCCUCGUUGGCAUCAUUGAAUAUGAGUGAGAAUCGUUUGCAGGAUGUCAAUGAAUUGGGUUUUCGUGAGCACAGCACUAAGGAUAUGGAUCUGGGCAUGGAAACGUCAACGCAACGUAAGGCAUACACAAGUUGCUCAUUGGAUUUGGAACUAUUGGAUGUGAGUCACAAUGAUUUUGUAGUGUUGCCAGCUCAGGGUUUUGGCACACUGCGUCGCCUUAGGGUGUUGGCUGUUAAUAAUAAUGGCAUAUCGAUGAUUGCCGACAAAGCGUUGAGUGGCUUGAAAAAUCUACAAAUUCUUAAUCUCUCAUCGAAUAAAAUUGUGGCAUUGCCUACCGAAUUGUUUAAGGAGCAAGCGAAAACCAUACAAGAAGUCUAUUUGCAAAAUAAUUCGAUAAGUGUUCUAAAUCCACAACUCUUUUCGAAUUUGGAUCAACUACAGGCUUUGGAUUUGUCAAUGAAUCAAAUAACCUCAACAUGGAUUGAUCGCAAUACAUUUGUGGGUCUAAUACGUUUGGUUUUAUUGAAUUUAUCGCAUAAUAAGCUAUCAAAACUUGAGCCGGAAAUCUUUAGUGACUUGUAUACACUGCAGAUACUUAAUUUGCGUCACAAUCAAUUGGAGAAUAUUGCAGCCGAUACAUUUGCCCCCAUGAAUAAUCUACAUACGCUGCUGCUCAGUCACAAUAAGUUGAAAUAUUUGGAUGCCUAUGCAUUGAAUGGUUUAUAUGUGCUAUCUCUACUCUCAUUGGAUAAUAAUGAAUUGAUUGGUCUGCAUCCGGAGGCAUUGAGAAAUUGCAGUGCUUUGCAGGAUCUCAAUUUGAAUGGUAAUCAAUUGAAGACCAUUCCAUUGGCAUUACGUAACAUGAGACAUUUGCGUACUGUUGAUUUGGGUGAGAAUAUGAUUGCCAUGAUGGAGGACACUGCCUUCAAGGGAUUGCAUAAUCUCUAUGGUUUGCGUUUAAUUGGCAACUAUCUGGAGAACAUUACAAUGUCAACGUUUCGAGAUUUGCCAAGCUUACAGAUUUUGAAUUUGGCUAGAAAUCGUUUAUCGUUCAUUGAACCGGGAGCCUUUGAGAUGACAUCGAGUAUACAGGCCAUACGUUUGGAUGGCAACGAUUUGAGUGAUAUCAAUAAUUUAUUUAGCAAUAUGCCCUCAUUGCUAUGGCUAAAUAUCUCUGAUAAUCGUUUGGAGAGUUUCGAUUAUGGUCAAAUUCCGAAUACCCUACAAUGGCUGGAUUUGCACAAGAAUCAUUUGAGUCAUCUAAACAAUCGUUUCGGCCUGGCCAAGGAGCUAAGACUGCAGACACUCGAUGUGAGUUUCAAUCAAAUUCAACGCAUUUCACCCCAUUCCAUACCAAAUUCCAUAGAGCUAUUAUUUCUCAAUGAUAAUCUAAUCAAUUCGGUGGAAGCGGAUACUUUUAUGCAUAAAAUGAAUCUAACUCGUGUUGAUUUGUAUGCCAAUCAAUUGACUACUUUGGAUGUCAAAUCUCUAAGAAUUUCGGCAGUGAGUGAACAUCGUGCACUGCCAGAGUUCUAUAUUGGUGGCAAUCCAUUCAUUUGUGAUUGCAAUAUCGAUUGGCUGCAGAAAAUCAAUCAUCUGACAUCGAGACAAUACCCAAGGAUAAUGGAUCUGGAGAGUAUCUAUUGCAAAUUGCUGAACAAUCGAGAACGUGCCUAUGUAUCAUUAAUUGAGGCAGAAGCCAAGCAUUUCCUUUGCACCUACAAGACGCAUUGUUUUGCUGUCUGUCAUUGCUGUGAAUUCGAUGCCUGCGACUGUGAGAUGACCUGCCCCACCAAUUGCACCUGUUUCCAUGAUCAAACCUGGUCCACCAAUAUUGUGGAAUGCUCGGGUGCAUCGUAUACCCAGAUGCCACGACGUGUUCCCAUGGAUACCACUGAGCUGUAUAUUGAUGGUAAUAAUUUUGUCGAAUUGGCUGGACAUUCAUUUUUGGGACGUAAAAAUCUAGCUGUUCUUUAUGCCAAUAACUCGAAUGUGGCCCAUAUCUAUAAUAAUACAUUCAGUGGCUUGAAACGUUUAAUGAUUCUCCAUUUGGAGGAUAAUCAUUUGGUUACACUGGAGGGACAGGAAUUUAAUUAUUUGGAAAAUUUACGUGAAUUGUAUUUGCAAUCGAAUCGUUUGGAGACCAUUGCCAAUGGUAGUUUUCAAAUGCUAAGAAAACUAGAGGUACUACGUCUGGAUAAUAAUCGUUUAAUACAUUUUGAGGUCUGGCAAUUGUCAUCGAAUCCGUAUCUAGUGGAAAUCUCACUCUCAUCGAAUCAAUGGAGCUGCGAAUGUUCCUAUUUGUCACGUUUUCGUACUUAUUUGGCCCAGCAUACGGAGCGUAUUGUUGAUGCCUCGCAGGUCAGUUGCAUCUAUAAUAAUGCCACCAGCGUGCUAAGGGAAAAGAAUGGCACCAAAUGCACUUUACGGGAUGGUGUCGCCCAUUAUAUGCAUACGACAGAGAUUGAGGGAUUGCUGCCCUUGCUCCUCAUUGCCACAUGCGCUUUUGUGGCAUUCUUUGGUUUGAUAUUCGCCCUGUUCUGCUAUCGCCAUGAGUUGAAAAUGUGGUGGAGUUUGUAUUUUGCUGGUGCCACGCCACGUCUCGAUAAGGAUCGUCCGUAUGAUGCAUACUUCGCUUAUAGUCUGCAGGAUGAGCAUUUUGUCAAUCAAAUUCUGGCCAUGAAUUUGGAAAGUGAGAUGGGCUAUCGUUUGUGUCUACACUACAGGGAUGUCAAUGUGAAUGCCUACAUAACUGAUGCUCUAAUCGAGGCAGCCGAAAGUGCCAAACAAUUCGUUUUGGUGCUAUCAAAGAAUUUCCUAUACAACGAAUGGACCCGUUUCGAAUACAAGUCGGCCCUGCAUGAGCUAGUGAAGCGUCGCAAGCGUGUUGUAUUCAUUCUCUAUGGUGAUUUGCCGCAACGGGAUAUAGACUUGGAUAUGCGACACUAUCUACGCACAUCUACCUGCAUCGAAUGGGACGAUAAGAAAUUCUGGCAGAAACUUCGUCUCGCCCUGCCGGCAUCGAAUAAUAAGUCAAGGAAUUCGGCCAUCAAUAUGGGACCGGCAAAUGGCCGGAUCUAUGCCGAUUGUGCGGCAGCCGUCAAUAACUAUGCCACCAUCAAUGAAUGCUCCCAAACGGUACGCAGUUGCUAUCGUCCCAUACCGACAUCGGCAUCGGCAGCAGCAGCUGCCUGUAAAUUUAAUACCAUGAAUCAGCUGAGCCAUAAAAAGCAACAGCAACAGCGAGAGCAACGUGAUCGGGAUAUGGGCAUGGCCAAGACAUUGGAAUCACAGCGUCGCAGUCAUCAUGAGUAUGCGGUGCCCAGCUAUUUGCCAGUAGCAGCAGCUGGAGGAACUACAAAAAUGAACUACAACUCGAAUACAACAACCAAAUCUGGAAUAUUAAUGCCGCCAUCAUCAUCACAUAUUGGCGGCGCCUCAUCGGCUGGUCUGCCCACCAGUUUUAGUUCGAAUUUUGUGCAGCCGCCACAACAACCACUGACUUUACUGCCGCCCACAACUGGAGGAGGAGGAGGAGGAGUUGGACUUGGAGUUGGAGGUGGAGGCGGCGGCGGCGGUGGCAUCAAUCUCAUCAAAUCAUGCAAUUGUCAUGCCACAGCCGCAGCUCAAGAUGAUCUGCUCUGCGGUUGUGGUGGACAUUUGGCCAAUGGUGGCGAAGAGAGUGUCACCCAAAGUAGCGCCACCAUGAGCAGCAGCUCAAAUAAUAGUCGUCAACCCGAAUUAACGCACUACGAAUCGAAUUUGAGUCUUAAUGAUAUGCCCCUCGACAAGCCGCCUCUGCAUGAUCUGUGGGCGUAAUUAUACUAUUAAAAAACAAGCAAAAAAAAAAAGAAAAAAAAAAAACCAAAACAUAAAAUACAUAAUUAUAAAGCAUAAAUUAAUUCUUGGUUCAAAACAGACUGAUACUUUUAGUUGAAAUAUAUAUAUAUAUAUUU